GACAGUGAUUAACAUGGCUCCACACUCAACUAUACUUUCCACCUUUGACCACCAGAGAUUUACUGAUAAGGACAAAUUUAAGCUGAGAAAGCCAAUGGUAGAAAAGAUGCGCCGAGACCGCAUCAACAAUUGCAUUGAUCAGCUGAAGAAGCUGUUGGAGAAGGAGCUUUGCAGUCAAGACCCAAACACCAAGCUGGAAAAAGCUGACAUCCUGGAGAUGACCGUCAGCUUUCUGAAGCAGCAGCAGAGGCUUCCAGGAGCACUGGCUCAGAGAGACUAUAAUCAAGGCUACUCUCAAUGCUGGAGAGAGUCUCUGCAUUUCCUUAACAUCCACUCCAACAGUGGACAAUCUACCCAGGAGGCCCAACAGAUCCAGCAGAGAUCCAGCACAGAGCUCAGCUCCAGGUCAUCCGUGCAGAGCUCCAAACACAACCAUGCUGAUCAACAACAACCUGGCAGGCCUGUCUGGAGGCCCUGGUAGAACCAUGGAGGACUGACUGACAAAACCUGAGGAACAGUGGUGUUCAUGUCCCUCAAGAAAGUAGGAGAUAUUAAUUUCCAGGAUUUAAGUUUUGCCAUCAUAUUGAUUGGGCGAAACCUUGUACUUUUUCUGUCGUCAGUGAGACGAAAGACUUUAAAGACUAUGGCCUUAUUAGAUUUAGAUGUUUGGCUCUUA